AUGUCUAAGUUGUUUCCCAAAGGUCGCAUCUCUUCAAAGGCCAUCUGUCUGCAGGACCAGCGCACCCAGGUCAACUCCAGCAUGUGUAAUCCCCACACCAGACCCACACUGGGCUCCCAUCUCUGCAACACGCAGCCCUGCCCGGCCUACUGGGCCACGGGGGACUGGGGGCCCUGCAGCCGCUCAUGUGGAGGAGGCCAACAGACCAGGGCGCUGCGCUGCAUGAGGAAGGUGACCUACCAGAGGGAGGAGGUGGCGGCCCACUCCCUCUGUCCCGUUAUCUCUCCGGCCCAAAUCCAGCCGUGCCGCACCCAGGCCUGCCCGCCGGAGUGGAGCACGGGAUCAUGGUCACAGUGCUCUAAAUCCUGCGGCCGUGGAUUGAGGAAGCGGACCGUGUUCUGCCGCAGCACUGAUCCAGGGGCCACUGCGGUGGUGGUGCCCGACAGCAUGUGCAAACAGCACCACAGGCCAAAAGCCCAGGAGACGUGCGUCCUACGGAGGUGCCCCAAGAACGACAGACUUCAGUGGAUCCCGACGCCCUGGGGAGAGUGUUCCAGGUCCUGUGGCUCCGGCAUCCAGAGAAGAGAGCUUCGCUGCGGGGAGAGAGACUCACAGGGAGGGUACGUGCAGUAUCCUGUACGGCGCUGCAGAAAUAUUGCCAAACCUUCAGUGGAUCUGCAGCAGGUCUGCAGCCGAGCUCCGUGCCCAGAGCUCCCCCGGGAGGCCUCGGGUAGAACAACCUUCAGCGGCGGGGUGUCAGGCUGGUACCCUUCUCCCUGGCAGCAGUGCUCGGUAUCCUGUGGAGGAGGGGUUCAGACUCGAACUAUCCAGUGUCUCCAGCAAGGUCGGCCUUCAGCCGGCUGCCCGGCCCACCAGAGGCCCGUCACUUCUAGGGCAUGCAACACAAACUUUUGCCCUGCGGCUCCCCCAGCUCCUGCACCAAACCCCGGCAACCGCGUUCUGUCUGCUGGACCCAUUCUGAAAGGUGACCGCUGCAUUGAUCACUUCAACUGGUGCCACUUGGUCCCCCAACAUGGCGUCUGUAAUCACAGGUUCUAUGGACAGCAAUGCUGCAAGUCCUGCUCCAGCAAGAAGCCGUAGAUCUUUUGAUUCUCCUCAGUCUGAAAGAGGCCUCAGCCACAGAAACCAAUCGGGAGCCAUCGCUCAUUACACACAGAACUGUGCCUAAAGUUGUGUGUUUUCCUCCUGGAGUGCUAGACUGACGCAAGCAGUGAUGAUGAACAAGAGACAUUGCAUAGACUCGGUUACAGAGAGCAAUGCAACUCCUGCUGCUCCCCUGCCAAAGCAACCACAUGAACAGUUUACCUUUGAGACCUCUGAAACUAGAACCGCAUCGUUAAAAUCAGACUUUUGAUUUCUCACAUGUUGUAUAUUUAAAGGCUUCUGUUAUGUUUCUUUUAAGUUAUUAUGGUUCGUUAUACAUCGUUUUCUAUUUUGUUCAUGGCGACGUGUUACUCUGUUCUGCUAAACCACAGGCUUCUGAUCUAUUCACCCCUGAAUCCAUGCGAUAAGGUUUCAUUUUAUUCUAUGAGUAAUCAGUGAUCAUCAGUUCUCCUUCACAUGUUAUCUGCUCGCCCUGUGUGGCGCCACUACCGCAUCACAAUAGGACGCCUUCUUCUGUGUAUUCUAUUUGUGUUAAUGCAAUGAAAACCUGCCUCCGCUGUAAAACAUUUUAUUCAGCCUUUUUCUUUUCUGUAUAUCUGUGGUUAAAAAAAAAAAAAAAGAAAUUGUUCAUAUAUGGAUCUUCCUUUUUUUCUUGCCAGCGCUCUAUCGAUUGCCGACAAUAUGAGGUGCAUAAUGAGCGAGGCUAUCUGUGGGUGUGCGGGAGGGAAGAGAAGAGGAGGGUGAAGAGCGUGAGAAGAGGAUGAUUGCUGGGCGAGCGUGGGUGCAGUCUACAUAGCAAGUGCUUUUUAAGAGAAAACAACUUAGGUGUGUUCUUCACAGAAGUCUGGUCAAAAUUGUUGGCGCUGGUGGAGCUUCAGAUAAGAGAUGACGCACUCACAUUCAGGCUGAUGUUCGCCAAACAUGAAAGGGAAGCGAUCUGAAUGCUUCUUUAGUCAUAGACAGAGUAAUGCCUCUCUAUGCACCCCUUAUGAAAGAUGGACUAAAGGUUUAGUAGUGAGCUAACUUCUGAUCGGGAAUAAUGAGCCUCUUUCCCACCAAUAACACCGUCUGCCAACCUGACUGACUCGAUCAAUAUGAAACUCACAAAAACUAAACUCUGCCUCAUUGAGUCACUGGAGGAACAAAGAAACAAAGGAAACACUUUUUGGUGGUAGCUGGUAUAUUUUUCUAAUCCAGAGUCAGUAGUCUGGUUGAACCUGCAGCAAUUGGAGGUUGGUGACGUUUUGAACUUAACAUCAGUGGCGGUUCUAGAAAAUGUUAACCAAACAGGGACCAAUGUGCACCAAAAACAGUUCAGGGUCAAUCUGAGCACAAGGAGACGGAUCAAAUUUUCAUGAGGCCAUUGAUAAUAAAGCUAAUUAAAUAUUUAUG